UUAAAUCUCUUUCUAACGGCGGAGUUGAUAGAACAAACCACUCCAUUGCGUCUCCCCUCCAUCAGCCUUGCGCUUAUCUAUCAGUGGCCUCGCCCCACAAAUACGUAAUAUGCGCGGGUGUAAGAGGCUUAUUUAAUGCUUUUUAAUUAUCACAAUACGCUACUUUUGAAUUCAUUGUUGAAUGUUACGCUUAACAAUGCGAUUAAUCGAGAUUAAUCACAGAAAAGUCAUGUGAUUAAUGCGAUAAAAAAUAUGUAUCGUUGCCCAGCACUAUUACAAAUACAAUAUUGUGUUACAAAUCAGAAACACCAAACUGCCCAAACAAAACAAUUAAGCCAUUCACCACGCUAUUUUUCUUUUUUCCGGUACCAAUAUUAGGCAAAAGUGAAUACAUCUGCAUCACCUUUUACACAAAGUUAUUCGUGGCAUUUAACAACAAAUAUUCGUUUUGAUAAAUCAAAACUGUUACGGUUAAGACCUUUAAUAAACAUUUAAUAAAAUGCAUGCCUGAAAUUAAAAUCGUUUCCAUUUUUCCACACGAAUGUUUUAUUGAUGUAUGUCCUGUAUACUUAUUUACAACACAGAGAAAAAAGACGGGACAGAAACUUCACACAGGAUGCUAUAUGUUCCAGUAAUCUAUUUAAUGUGUUAUUUUCAUUAAUCGACGUUUACUUUAGGCUACAUAAUGACUCAUAAACACUGCAAAAAUAAAGCAACCAAUGCUUUAUAUUGCCCACCCAAUAAGCAGAGAGAACAUUCUGUGUUGAAUUUAGAAAGUCUCUGUUCAAAAAGGGGAGAACAUGCCGUGUUGUCAUCAAUUGUCAGAGCCGCACUAUUAUUGUUCCACGUGUUGUAAAAUGACAACCAGUUUUCUCGAAUCUCCGCCUCUCGACGAACGCAGCGAGACGCCAUUGGUAAAACGCGCUGUCAAUCAAACAGACAUGGCCGAGCCUUCUCGGUUUCUACUGUUGGAUUUUUGGUUCGAGUGACAUCACCAGUUCCGUCCCAACGCGGAAAUGUUCAAUAUUUGUUUUUAUAUUAUAGGAUCACUUGUCCGGCGUGUAACAGACAUCUGCUGAACCCUAGCAGUGCUGUAAGUGUCUAAGCAUGACGUCGUGACGUCUUUUUUCCGACUGUUCGUGAUCAUGGAGGACUUUAGAGUCCGUUCGACCUUAGUUUGUAUUUAUUGACACGCACCAAGAGCGAACCGCAACUUCAACCGCUGACAGAUCUGUCAAGAUCAUGGAGAGAAUCGUCCACUGGAGACAACUGUUGCUGUCUUUGCUUUGCCUCAUUGGGAUCGUCUCACAGUGUGAUGGUGGAAGUUCAGUUUCUCUUCCAGAAUCUCUGCUCUUCGUUUCCACACUGGACGGAAGUUUACAUGCUGUUAGUAAACAAACAGGAGACAUCAAAUGGACACUAAAGGAAGAUCCCAUCAUUCAGGUUCCUGUCUAUUUCCAAGAGCCAGGCUUUCUACCAGAUCCAAAUGAUGGCAGUCUGUAUGUUUUAGGCGGCAAACACAAAGAGGGUCUUAUGAAACUCCCAUUUACUAUUCCAGAGCUGGUGCAGUCGUCUCCAUGCAGGAGUUCAGAUGGAGUGCUCUACACGGGUAAAAAGCAGGACACUUGGUUUGUGGUGGAUCCUCAGACGGGUGUAAAACAGACGAGUCUGAGCACCUCGUCCUCGGAUUCUAUAUGCCCAUCAGCCCCUCUGUUGUACAUUGGUCGCACAGAAUAUAUGAUCACCAUGUAUGAUACGAAGACUCAGGAGCUUCGGUGGAACGCUACCUACAAUGACUACUCCGCCCCUCUGUAUGAUGACACAAAAUAUGAAUACAAGAUGUCCCAUUUUGCAUCCAGUGGAGACGGUCUGGUGGUCACAGUCGAUCGGGACUCUGGCGAGGUCCUGUGGAUGCAGAAGUUCGAUUCUCCAGUGGCUGGGUUCUACCUCUGGAGUCAGGACAGCCUGCGGAGGGCGCCACACCUGACGGUCGCCACGGAAACGCUCCGUUAUCUCACCUUUACUGCAGAAAACACACAGUCCCACACCAUGAAGUGGACUUACCAGUUCACAAAGGAGAAGCAUAGCGCUAAGACUCAGCUUGUUCCCACUCUCUAUGUUGGCAAGACGGAUUCUCAUCUCUAUGCUUCUUCCUCUCUUGUGCACCAGGGAGUGGCAAUAGUGCCACAAGGUCUUACUCUUGCACGUAUUGAGGGGCCGGUCACAGCUGGCGUUACGGUGGGAAACGGGCGGCCCGAGUGUGAGAUCACGCCCAGCACUGAUGUGAAGUAUCCACCAGGGAGCUCCAGCUCUCUGCAGAAUAACUGGCUGCUGAUUGGUCACCAUGAGGUUCCUCCUUUGGUUCACACCACCAUGUUGAGAGAUUUCCCAGAGAACCUGCGGCACACUGGUGAUGUCAUCCCACCUGGUUCUGGUUCCUCUUACCGUCCUGUUUCUCACCCAUUGCCACCGGUAACACAGCGGAGCUCUUCCCCCGUGUUCCCUGAUUCCUUGACCUCUGACCCCAGGACUGUGCUGGUGGUGACACUGCUGUUGGGAGCGUGGAUUGCUUUCCUGCUGACACACAAAAGGCCGGUCAAAAAAUCCCAGAGUUCUGAGGACCCAAUGGACUCCAACCAUCUGACCAGUCAGAUUGCUUCAACAGAACCCAGCACUCCACCCUCAUCAUCAUCAUCCUACAGCAAUAACAAUCAUUCAGAGAAGACGAGUUCUGUUGUGUCCAAUCAAACCCAGCCAUUCUCAAGGAAAGACUCCGCUCCGAUAACGACAGCCAGCCAGUUGCAGAAUGGCCAGCCAGAUGUAGUGGAAGUUGGUAAAGUCUCCUUCAGUCCUGCUGAGGUGCUGGGCCAUGGAACCGAGGGCACGUUUGUUUUCCGGGGACAUUUUGACGGCAGACGUGUGGCGGUAAAGCGCAUCCUGCCCGAGUGCGUGGAGUUUGCGGAGAGAGAAGUUCAACUCCUCCGGGAAUCAGACGAACAUCCCAACGUCAUCCGAUAUUUUUGCACGGAAAGGGACAGACAGUUCACGUACAUCGCCAUAGAACUGUGUGCCGUUACGCUUCAACAGUAUGUGGAGGACCCAAGCUGCCCUUACUCGAACCUGAACCCGGUGUCACUCCUGGAGCAGACCAUGUGUGGCCUCAAUCAUCUGCACUCUCUCAACAUCGUUCACAGGGAUUUAAAGCCACGCAACAUUUUGCUCUCUCUCCCGGGUGUGCUGGGUCGAGUCCGGGCAGUGAUCUCAGAUUUCGGCUUGUGUAAGAAGCUCCCGGAUGGACGCCAUAGUUUUAGCCUACGCUCUGGAAUACCAGGAACUGAAGGCUGGAUUGCACCAGAAUUACUUAUAAAUGCUCCAAAAGGAAACCCUACCAGUGCUGUGGAUAUCUUCUCGGCUGGAUGUGUGUUUUAUUAUGUGACGUCCAAAGGACAGCAUCCAUUCAGUGAUACGCUACGACGUCAAGCCAAUAUCCUCUCCGGAGUCUAUAACCUCGACCACUUUAUGGAGGAUUUACACGAGGACGUGAUUGGCCGUGAUCUGAUUGAACGGAUGAUCAGUGCAGAACCACAUAUGCGCCCUUCAGCAGCAUCCGUUCUCAAACAUCCCUUCUUCUGGAGUCCAGAGAAACAGCUGCAGUUCUUUCAGGAUGUCAGUGACAGAAUAGAGAAAGAGCCAUCAGAAAGUGCCAUAGUGGCGCGUCUGGAGAACUCUGGCAGAUCUGUAGUAAGAACUAACUGGAGGAUGCACAUAUCAGCACCACUUCAAGCUGAUCUUAGAAAAUUCCGCACAUAUAAAGGGAAUUCCGUGAGAGAUCUACUCAGAGCAAUGAGAAAUAAAAAACAUCAUUAUCAUGAACUCCCACCUGAGGUUCAGUCAGCCCUCGGUGAAGUCCCCGAUGGCUUUGUGGUGUAUUUUACCUCCCGUUUCCCGCGGUUACUGCUGCACACACACUCAGCUCUGAGCAUCUGUGCCCCAGAGAGACUGUUUCAUCCAUACUACCAUCACUAAACGUCCUCCACAGACUCUUGUUUGUUCUUACAGUGGAUUGGAGAGAAGAAAUGAAGAAAAAUCGACGAUGCUUGGUUUUACAAAGAAAAUCUUUGAAAUAUCGGACUCUUUUACAACCAGGUUCCCACUGGACUUGCUGAGAGAAUUUUAUGUUUGUGCUUUUACCAAGGACAGAUCUUAGGUCAUUUUUUAGGGGCUACUGAGUGUGUUAGCGCACCCAAAAUCGUGUCAUCAUAUACUCAUCCUCGUGUUUUCAAACCUGUAUGACUGACGGUGAAAACCAAAAAGAGCAUUUUGAGGAAUGUACUGAGUGACUACGCUUAGAAACGGUUACUGACUGCAGGCUACCUUUAUUCAUAAUUGGUAGAAUUCCAUGUGGUACUUUUCAUAAAUAUUUUUAUUUUGAGGCGAUAAGGAUCUUAAAGAAUUAUAAAAGUCAGGGCAACAUCUAUCGAUAUAUUGAUAUUUCAUUGAUUCUUUGAAAUCGUUUAUGAUUAGAUUUUGUUCUCUUGAUCAUAUCGUACACCAAGUGUACAUAGUAUGUUUGGAUCUGAUAAAUUAAGUAAAUAUUAUUCACAGAACAUCGCAUCCCUCAUCUUGAUCUUCGAGUGCUACAUAUUAUAUGAACAGACAGAGAUAUGGUGUUACACAACUAUACAUUUCCCACUAAGUAUUCCCAUGAAUCCUGCUGUACACAAGGAAAAUUCCUGUUACCUAACCUUGUAUUGCCAUUUUAAGGCAUAUAACAUCACUCAGUCAUUUUAUACUGCAUGUUUUUGUAUCUUUUAUAAAUUAAUUGUUGGGGACACUGGAAAAUACAAGUUUGAAAAUAGUGCCUUUGUUUUUUCUACCAAAUGAACAGUACAGACAUACAUGAUAAUUUUCACAAAAAUAUAGAUCUAUGUUUAACAUUAAAUAACAUUGAGCAGCUUCAGUAAGUUACCUGGUGCUUUGUUUUAGAUG